AUGGAAGAACACGGCGGAAGACGGUGGCCAGUACUGGUGGUGCUUGCAGCAUCCCCGUUUCAUGGCCAUAUGACCCCUACUCUCCAGCUAGCAAAAGCCCUUCAUGCCAAUGGGUUCUCUAUAGCCAUUGCUCACUCCAAACUGAACCCUCCUAACCCUUCUAACCAUCCUUCCUUCAUUUUCCUCCCUCUUUCCGACAACUUAUCCGCUAUUGAUGACUCCGGUAGCUUCAGUAAUUUCAUCCACACUCUCAACAAAAACUGCAAACCAUCCUUCCAAAAACACGUGACUCGUUUGAUCGGUGAACAAAAUAGAGGAAACAAAUCAAUCGUUGUCAUCUAUGACAACCUUAUGUUUUGUGCAGGAAGCGUUGCUGCCGAUCUGAAUCUUGUCGCCAUAGUCUUCCGCAGUUGCAGUGCAGCGUACUUUCCGGCUAACCUUGUCCGUCAGCAGCUCCAUCAAGAAAGCAGAUUUCUUGAACAAGAUUAUGUGAUGCAGGAGAUGGUGCCAAAUCAUCAUCCUCUCAGGUAUAAAGAUCUGCCCUUUUCAAAAUCACCUAUUGAAGAUUGGCAGCAACUGUUUGCCAUUAUCAGCCAAUCGAUACGACCCUCUGCAGUUAUUUGGAACACCAUCAAAGUUCUCGAACGUGAAGCCUUAACCCAAAUCCAGAAGUACUACCAGGUUCCAGUUUUUUCAGUUGGGCCUCUACACAAAAUAACACCAACUGAUCUCCAUACUAGUUUUCUCGAAGAGGACACUAGUUGCAUUGCGUGGCUCGACAAACAACCUCCCAAAUCCGUGAUUUACAUAAGCUUCGGAAGCUUAAUGACUUUGGACAAGAAACUGCUCACCGAGAUGGCAUGUGGGAUAGCCAAAAGCAACCAGCGGUUCAUAUGGGUGGUUAGACCGGGUUCAGUUUGUGACUCGGAAUGGACUGAGUUCUUGCCGGAGGGUUUCAUAGAGGAGACUAGAGAACGUGGCUUGAUUGUAAAAUGGGCGCCCCAAAAGGAAGUGUUGGCCCAUUUUGCUGUUGGUGGAUUUUGGAGUCAUUGUGGUUGGAAUUCGACAUUGGAGAGUAUUUCGGAAGGUAUUCCGAUGAUAUGCCAACCGUUUAAUAUAGACCAAAUGGUGAAUGCACGUUACGUGAGUUAUGUAUGGAAGAUAGGGUUGGAAUUGGAGGAUUUAGAGAGUGGGGAAAUGGAAAGUAUGAUUAGGAGAGUUAUGGUGGAUGAAGAAGGGGAGGAGAUGAGAGUUAGAGCAAUCGGAAUGAAGGAAAUGGUUAAAGAAGCAGUGCAAAAUGGUGGUUGUUCAUAUGAUUCGUUGGAGGAGUUGGUGGGUUUCAUUUCGUCGUAA